CAUCCAACUUAAGCAAAGCAAAGUGAGAGCUCGCCGAUGGCCAUGGCCGUCGAGAGGAACAACGUCGCCGCGGCGGCGGCGGCGCUGCUGGCGCUCCUGCCGAUGAUGAUGCUGUCCUCCACGGCGACGGCGGCGCGCCCCGUCCAUGGCGGCCCGCCCGGCGAGCUCCCGCCGAUCAUCAUCACAACCCCACCGACGGCGAUAAGCGGGGAGAGCGACUUCUCCGUUCUGAGGAAGGUCCCCACGGGUCCUGACCCCAUCACCUCCGACCCGCCUCCGCCGCCGCCGCCAUCGACGCCGACUCAGUUCUCCGUUCUGAGGAAGGUGCCCACUGGUCCGGACCCCAUCACCUCCGACCCGCCGCCGCCGCCAUUGUCGGAGUUCCCGGUUCUGAGGGAGGUCCCCUCGGGUCCUGACCCUAUCACCUCCGACCCACCGCCGCCGCCGCCGCCAUUGUCGGAGUUCCCGGUUCUUAGGGAGGUCCCCUCGGGUCCUGACCCUAUCACCUCCGACCCGCCGCCGCCGCCACCGCCAUUGACGGAGUUCCCGAUUCUGAGGAAGGUUCCCCGAGGGCCGGACCCCAUCACCCCCGGCCCGCCGCCAUUGUUGGGCGUGUGCUGCGAUGGAUGCAUCAAUAUUUGCUCCUAGAAUAAUUACUCCUUGGUUUACACGAGUUUUAAUGUAAGCUGGAAGAGAUUAUUCUCAUGGGUGUGUUUUAGUAGACAUCCUUCCUACCACUUACUUAUGGGAAUGUGGUAGAAAGAUUAUGAAUGUAAGCUGCGAGGUUAUGAGAUAACAUUUUAUAUAGUAUUAAUUUGAGGCUUGAUUGAUGUCA